UGGUUUACUCCGCGGUUCCUUGGUGUCGUUUAACAGUGUGACAUUACAUGAGUGGAGACGAGAGUUCAACCUGCCGAGAACACUGACUUAUUCUAAAAGAAUUCUAAAAGAAAUGUGAGCAGGUUGGAUGGUUGUCAGCUCGUCUUUUCGCUUGGUUACCAACAACUGAAGCGGUGCUUGUCAUUCGUGUCCUAGGUGGACAGACAGACAGACAGACAGGACAGGAGAGGACAGGAGAGGGCAGAGGACAUCGCUGCUUUCUCAGAUUAAAAGGCCAUUGUCCUUUUGUUCGAGGGUUGGUUAUCGUGGACGAACAUGGCCGACAGUUUAAGAAGACUUGCCAACACGUCUUCCUUCAGCGUUUUACAGGACAAGCUCGAGAGCUGGAACCAGGAUUACCAUAUCAUUUCCUGUGACCAAAAUCUGAAUAAAUGUUGCGAGAUGAUUGAAUUGACGGCCAAGAUCCAGGGCCAACUGUUUGCUAUCCUCAACCUCACAGCUGCAGAGGGUGGACAGUACGCUGGAGUGGACACUCUCAAAACACGUCUGCUGCCGUGGCUUGGAACCUGUUUCUCAAUAACAAGACCCACAUUCGCUGACGACACGAGUCUACAGCUCAUCCAGGACUCAGUGGAAAAGGACAGGAGGAUGAGGGAGCUGUCUGUCUCUCAUGACAAUGAAAUACAGAAGAUAGAGACUCAGCUGUGCUCCACUCGCCUGCACCUUGACUCUGUGAGAGCAGACUUGGUUGAUACUCAGAAUCAACUGGAGGACACAAAGAGCAAAUCAGCAACCACUCUGCUGGCCACUGAAGAUGAAAUAUUACAACUCAAAGCAGAUUUGCGAUCUGCACGUGAGCAGGCGGAGCUUUAUAAAAGGAAGCUGGAUGCUGGUGAAGAAUAUCAGCAUCAGAUCUGCUUGCUGAGAGAUGAGGUGUCAUUCCUGAGCUCAGAGAAGUCCAUGCUGAAGGAGAGGCUGGCGAGGAGUCGUUCUCCAAGCCCUUUGCCCAGACUCAGUCGCUCUUCGAGCCCCACGAGGAAUGAGUCACCCACCAGAGCACAGCUCACUAACUCCUCCCGCCAUGCACGCCUCGUGUCUCGCUUCAGUGACAUGUACGCUGUGGAGCGUCUGGAGGCCCAGAGCACACUUCGACGCUAUAUUGCUGAUUUAGAAUUGGUCCAGAAAAUCAUCUUCAUUGCUGUUGUGGAAUCCUUUAUGGCUGCAAAAAUAGCCUACCGCCAGUUUAAGCUACGCGUCAGAAAGACCCUGUCCCCAUCCCAUUUUGGACCAGAAAGUCUAGAGGACACGGCUGUGGACUACAUAGUCAGAAAUUUGGACCUAUAUGAUGUACAGGACAGUGUCAAUGCUGUGAUCAAUGCCAUGAACGUGAACCCUCGGAUCUCCUUCCCACCCGAAGUGGAUUUUGUCCUCAUCAGUGCCUUGAUCAGAGAGACAUGCAGGGUGGCCUUUGCCAUGCAGACCCUACAGCCCCCACUUGACUUGGCCUUUGCCAGUGAUGGAGAACUUUACAACGACAACAAGUAUCGUCGUAGCUAUGACUCAGAGUUCACUGCUCCUCUGGUGAUGUACCAUGUGUGGCCGGCCUUGAUGGAAGGAACCAAUGUGAUAGUGAAGGGCGAGGCUGUGACCCGAAGGGGAGCUCUGUGGAGUAAAAGCCGGAGUGCCAGCCCUGCACGCUCUCGCUCUCUCAGCCCAACUCGCAGUCUUGCAUUUAACAGCAAAAGAAGCCUGUCUCCUGAGCGACUCACAGCCAGACACCUGUGAUCUCUGGCCUCUCUUUCAUCCGGACAGAAAUCUACACCUCUACUUAACGUCCAUAAUUUAGGUUUUUAUCUGUGAUUUUCCGCCCAUGUCUGAUAACACAGAUGCUGUACUAAACAAAGGCUGUUCAGUGUUUACAUUUUUACAUUUUACAUUUUGACACAUGGCAGUUUUUAUGGGCCACUGACUGACCAUAACAAGAGGUCAUUACAUUGUGAAUGAAGCAGAAGAGCCUGGCAGCUAACUGAAAAAUUGUCUUUGUGUUUUAAUUGUUACCAUUUAAAAGAGAAAGAAAAAGAAAGAAAAUAGUGUUUUAGUGAUUUUCUUUCUUGAGGUGUAGUUUAGAGAAAAAUUAACAACUGUUACUCAAAAUGUAGCCUUUUCCUUUUAUUCAUUUUAAAAAAGCCUACAUCUGUAUGUAGCAGGAUGAGUUAGGUAUGCUACAGGUGCUAAAUCUUGUGCUAAUGAUCAGUGCUAACUUAUAUACCUCUAGUAUUGUUGUGAUAAUGGUCAUUGCUAGUCAGUUGUCAUGGUUACUGUCUUUUUAAUCUUUUUAUUUUAUUUUCUGGUGCUCUUGUUAUCAGACUCAAGACAGAAUGGACCCACAGAACACACUCAGAGGCAGGAAUUAAAAGUGCAUGCAGUAGUCAGCACAGAGUCAAAGGUAUUAAAGCAGGCAAAAGGAAUUGUCAACAAAAAACAAAAAACACCCCAAAAACCCCAGCAGAGAUCACAACAAAGUCACUAGAAAUACUAGACUAACAUUAGCCCUCUCACAUUGUGAUAAAGAAGAGCUAAGACCUGAGGGAGGGGAGACAGAGCUUAAAUACACUGGCAAGACAACGAGACACAGGUGCAGGGGCAGCUAAUCACAGGAGCGGGAAACCUGACAGGAAGUGAGAUCUGAAACAAUACAAGAUAAAUAUUAAGAAAACACCAAAUAAAUAUGAAUGGCACACACACUGAGAUGUAUUGCUGAUAUAACACACUGUUUGUAAUAUAAAUAACAUGAAAUAGUUUAGCUUUUCAUUUUUUUAAUUGUUUUUUUCUCCCCAAAUGUAUAGAAUCAUAUAAUAGUUUUUUUUAAGUGCAGCAUUGUCUGGAUGCAUUCAAUAUUAUAUUGGAAUUUUAUUUUCCCAUAUUAUAUAACCAUAUUCUGAUACUUAAGUCCUUAAUUGGCUUAUUCAUGGCAAAUUUACUUUUAACAGAUACAGUAGAAAUAAUUACACUUCAUUUAUCUGUGCUGUGAUGGACAUUCUUUGACUGUACCUUUUGUGUUUGCUUUUGUUAAAAAAAUACAAAACAUUUAUUUCCCCCA